CAGGCUGUUUGCUUACAGAUGCAUCAUAAGCCAAAUUGUGAGCUAUAAUAGUGGCACCGAUUUCUAAACAUAAGAAAUUGCUUAGACAAUUGGUUUAGUAUCUGUAUAUGGGCAAAACUCUGUCCUGCAGUAGACAGCAUGUCAGCUGAAAUACCAAUCACACUGAAUAUUGAUCCCCAGGACCUGCAGGUCCAGACAUUCACUGUAGAGAAGCUACUGGAGCCUCUCAUAAUCCAGGUUACUACACUUGUAAAUUGUCCCCAGAAUCCUUCUAAUAGGAAAAAGGGAUGUUCGAAAAGAGCCAGAGUUCUUCUAGCUUCUGUGGAGGAAGCAACGUGGAAUUUAUUAGACAAAGGAGAGAAGAUUGCCCAGGAAGCCAUGGUUUUAAAGGAAGAGCUUAACACUACACUAAAGGAAGUUCGCAAAGAAAGUGAAGCUCUGAAAGUGUCAGCUGAGAGAUUCGCAGAUGACCCUUGUUAUCUCCCCAAAAGGGAAGCUGUGGUUCAAGCUGCCCGUGCCUUGCUGGCUGCAGUUACCAGACUCCUCAUCCUGGCAGACAUGAUUGAUGUCAUGUGUCUGUUGCAGCACGUGUCAGCUUUUCAAAGGACAUUUGAGUCUCUUAAAAAUGUUUCCAAUGCAUCUGACCUCCAGAAAACCUACCAGAAGCUUGGGAAGGAGCUGGAAAAUUUGGAUUAUUUAGCUUUCAAACGUCAGCAGGACUUAAAGUCUCCAAAUCAGAGGGAUGAAAUUGCAGGGGCCCGGGCCUCAUUGAAGGAGAACUCCCCACUUUUGCACUCAAUUUGUUCAGCUUGUUUGGAACAUUCUGAUGUUGCUUCCCUCAAAGCCAGCAAGGACACAGUUUGUGAAGAAAUUCAGAAUGCCCUCAAUGUAAUUUCAAAUGCUUCACAAGGCAUACAGAAUGUGAGGGCCCCAGUGGAAUCUCAGGCGGCAACCCUGGGAAAUGCCCUUGAUGAGCUUGAGAAUUUGAUUGUCUUGGAUCCACUCACAGUGACUGAGGAGGAAAUAAGACCAUCACUAGAGCAACGUCUUGAAGCCAUUAUCAGUGGGGCUGCUCUGCUGGCUGACUCUUCUUGCACGAGGGAUUUCCACCGGGAGCGGAUCAUCGCAGAAUGCAACGCCAUUCGCCAGGCUCUGCAGGACCUGCUUUCAGAGUACAUGAACAACACUGGAAAAAAGGAACGGAGUAAUACCCUGAAUAUUGCCAUAGACAACAUGUGCAAGAAGACAAGAGACCUUCGCAGACAGCUUCGUAAAGCUAUUAUAGAUCAUGUGUCAGACUCCUUUUUGGAUACAACAGUCCCGCUUUUGGUUCUCAUUGAAGCUGCCAAGAAUGGACGGGAAAAGGAAAUAAAAGAAUAUGCUGCGAUAUUUCGUGAACACACCAACAGACUUGUAGAAGUGGCAAAUCUUGCUUGUUCCAUGUCAACAAAUGAAGAUGGGAUUAAAAUUGUCAAAAUUGCAGCCAAUCACUUGGAAACUUUGUGUCCACAGAUUAUUAAUGCUGCACUAGCUUUGGCUGCAAGACCCAAAAGUCAAGUUGUCAAAAAAACCAUGGAAAUGUACCAGCGCACGUGGGAGAAUCAUAUCCAUGUCCUCACGGAAGCUGUUGAUGACAUCACAAGCAUCGAUGACUUCCUUGCUGUAUCUGAGAGCCACAUCCUAGAAGAUGUCAACAAAUGUAUCAUAGCCCUGAGAGACCAGGAUGCUGAUAAUUUAGACCGAGCUGCUGGUGCUAUCAGAGGACGGGCAGCAAGAGUUGCUCACAUUGUCACAGGUGAAAUGGACAGUUACGAGCCAGGCGCUUACACUGAAGGGGUGAUGAAAAACGUUAACUUUCUUACAAGUACUGCAAUUCCUGAGUUUGUAACACAAGUGAAUGUCGCCUUGGAAGCCCUAAAUAGAAACUCUUUGGAUGUGUUUGAUGAUAAUCAAUUUGUGGACAUCUCAAAGAAGAUCUAUGAUACAAUUCAUGAUAUCAGAUGCUCAGUCAUGAUGAUUCGGACCCCAGAGGAACUGGAGGAUAUUUCCGACCUGGAGGAGGAUCAUGAAGUCCACAGCCACACCAGCAUUCAGACUGAAGGGAAAACUGACCGGGCUAAGAUGACUCAAUUACCAGAGGCAGAGAAAGAAAAGAUUGCUGAACAAGUUGCUGAUUUCAAGAAAGUAAAGAGUAAGCUGGAUGCAGAGAUUGAAAUAUGGGAUGAUACAAGCAAUGAUAUUAUUGUUCUGGCCAAGAAGAUGUGUAUGAUCAUGAUGGAGAUGACAGACUUCACAAGGGGCAAAGGACCACUAAAGCACACCACUGAUGUGAUCUACGCAGCUAAAAUGAUAUCAGAAUCAGGAUCAAGGAUGGAUGUACUUGCUCGGCAGAUUGCCAACCAGUGUCCAGAUCCAUCAUGCAAACAGGACUUGCUGGCCUACCUAGAACAGAUUAAAUUCUACUCUCACCAACUGAAAAUCUGCAGUCAAGUUAAAGCUGAGAUCCAGAGCCUGGGGGGAGAGCUCAUCAUGUCAGCUUUGGACAGCGUCACCUCCCUAAUCCAAGCAGCGAAAAAUUUAAUGAAUGCUGUAGUGCAAACAGUGAAAAUGUCUUACAUCGCCUCAACCAAGAUCAUCCGAAUUCAGAGUCCUACAGGGCCCCGGCACCCAGUUGUUAUGUGGAGAAUGAAGGCUCCUGCAAAAAAACCUUUGAUUAAAAGAGAGAAUCCAGAAGAAACAUGUGCAGCUGUCAGACGAGGUUCAGCAAAGAAAAAAAUCCACCCAGUGCAGGUCAUGAGUGAAUUUAGAGGAAGACAUGUCUACUGA